AUGUGCUUAAUAGCACGGCGCUGCCGUCGCUUCAAUACAGUGCCUCGGGUUUCUAACAUAAUUCCUGCUCGAUGUUUCUCCUCUACGCUUCAGCAAACUUCUCGACCUCGGGAUGCGCCAUUUCGCAUGGCAGUAGUAGGAUCCGGACCCGCCGGUUUCUAUACUGCCUACCGAGUAAUGGCGAAAGUGUCAGGAGUGAAAGUUGACAUGUAUGAGAGUCUUCCCGUACCGUUCGGUCUGGUUCGUCAUGGCGUUGCUCCAGAUCAUCCAGAGGUCAAGAAUUGCCAAGAUAAGUUUGAUGAAAUUGCAUCGCAGCCCAAUUUCACAUUCAUUGGUAAUGUUUCUAUUGGCCAUUCUGGCAACUCCUCGAAGCAUUGUACAGUAGAGUUGCAUAAGCUAAUGCGGCACUACGAUGCUGUUCUGUUCGCAUAUGGAGCAUCCCAAGACAAAAAGCUCGGUAUCCCAGGCGAAUCGACCCUCAGCGGUAUUCACUCAGCUCGCGAAGUUGUAGGAUGGUACAACGGUCUUCCUGGAUGUUCGGGCUUAGACCUGGACCUUUCACAAGCCGAGGAAGCUGUUGUUAUCGGCCAGGGAAACGUUGCUCUCGAUGUUGCACGAAUGCUUUUGGAAGACAUCGACGUUCUCAGAAAAACAGACAUUACAGAGAAGGCGCUUGAGACGCUGUCGAGAAGCAGAGUCAAGAGAGUCCAUGUAGUAGGAAGAAGAGGGCCGAUGCAGGCUUCAUUCACCAUCAAAGAGGUGCGGGAACUCAUGAAACUAAGAGACGUGGGGUUUUCACCCUUCAAUCGAUCCCUCGUUCCUGAGGAUCUAAAGUCUUUGCCACGUGCCUCAAAACGACUCAUGGAAGUCCUGUUGAAGGGCGCAUCAACCCCCAACGAAACAGCUCCCAAGUCAUGGUCUCUGGAUAGCUGUCUCUCACCAAAGCAUUUUCUCGGAAACCAGGAUGCACCCUCCAAGGUGGCAAGCACUGAAUUCGACAUUACAGAACUCGCAGCACCAUUUGACCCCAAGUCAUCUGUCAAAGCCACUGGCAAGACCGCUAUCCUGCCAUCUGAUGUUGUCUUCCGUUCAGUUGGAUACAAAUCCGUAGCUCUGCCUGGGUUUGCCGAAAUUGGUAUUCAAUUUGAUAAUCGUCGCGGCGUCGUCGACAACGACGGCCUUGGUAGAGUGACGAGGAUGGUUUCUGAUACACAUGCUGGGAGUGUUCACAAUGAGAGGGUCCCUGGAGUAUACUGCGCCGGUUGGGUCAAGAACGGCCCGACUGGAGUGAUCGCAUCAACUAUGCAGGACGCCUUCACGACAGGUGAUGCGAUUGUUCAUGACUGGCUAUCAGGCGGUUGCUUUCUCAAUGCUUCAAAUCAUGACAGUGUGACAGGGUGGGAGGGCCUGAGACACGAUGCUGGGCCAUCGACAUGUCGAGCCGUUGCUUGGGACGACUGGAGACAUAUUGACCGCGCAGAACGAGAGCGCGGGCAAAAGAAUGGAAAAGAGAGAGAAAAAUUCACAAGCACGGAUGAAAUGUUGGCUGUCCUCGAACGAUACCAGAGACGGGCACUUUAA